AUGGAGUGGCAAAUUGUCAUAUUUGCCGCCAUUUUUGGCGUUACUCUUGCAAUGGAGAAUAAUUUGAUAGUGACAACGACGGAGGGCCAAGUUCAGGGUAGUUUAGCAUCGAGUGGCUUAUAUUACGAGUUUUUGGGGAUAAGAUAUGCUGUACCGAUCAAAUUUCGGGCACCAGCACCACCUGAAUCCUUCUCCGGUAUCUACAAAGCUGACAAUCGUGCUGUUCUUUGCCCCCAAUUUCCAACAUACGAUCCCCUCGCUGCCCCAAGCGAGAACGAAGAUUGCCUUGUCCUCAACGUAUUUACCCCUGCAUUCAUUAACACAACCUGUCCCGUAAUGGUCUUCCUCCAUGGAGGAGAUUUUGGUGUCGGUUCCUCUUCGCCAAUAUUUUAUGGGCCGCAGUUUCUCAUCAGCCAUGGCGUUAUAGUCGUAACAGUUAACUAUAGGCUGAACGCUUAUGGUUUUCUCAAUUUAGGCAUCAAAGAAGCACCAGGAAAUGCUGGGUUGAAGGAUAUAAGGGCGGCGUUGAGGUGGGUACAGAAGAAUAUUAAGAAUUUCCAAGGAGACCCUGAUAAUGUUACUGUUUUUGGUCAAGGCAGCGGUGGAGUAGCCGCUAUUUACCUAACUAUGUCACCAAGCACGAAAGGAUUGUUCCAUCGAGUUAUAUCUGAGAGUGGAUCCCCAUUUUCCCCACAUGUAUUCGACCAUAGUCCACUCAAAACAGCUAGUCAUUUAGCCAAGUCCCUUAGCAUGAAAUCUGAAGAUCCAAAGACUCUGCUCAAACUUUACAGGGAAACUCAGAUAAGCAAAGUAGAGGAGGCAAUAGGUAAUCAAAUGAAUGCUAAAUCAGUAUUCCUUCCAUCCGUAGAAAAAGUAUUCAAAGGUGAAGAACCAUUUCUGACUGAUACUCCAUUUAAUAUUCUCUCAAACAGACCAGAUUAUUUCCAUCCAGUACCAGCAAUUAUUGGUCUAAACACUGUCGAAGGUCUUUCUUCUAUCUUAGACUAUAAUACAGUUACAGGCCAAAUGGAUAGAAUACAUCACGAAGACUUUUCAGCGUUAGACCAGAGGAACUUCAAUCCUGAAGACAAAGAAAACUUCCGAAAAAUGUUAAGAGAUACCUUCUUUUCUGAAAUAACAAAUGAUGAAGCUUUAGUGGGUGGAUUGGUAAACCUGAACACAGAUUUCUGUCACGUGGGUCCAAUGUCGUUAUUUGCAGAUCUAUACGGGAAUAAUACAGUAUAUCAGUAUUUAUUCAGUUAUAUUGGUAACAGAAAUCUUGGUCGUAUAUUGACUAACAGUACACUGGAUGCCACGGCAAAUUUGGACGAGUUAUUUUACGUGUUCGACUUGGAUAGACUGCCUUUGGAAAUGGAUGAAAAUGACGCGAGAAUUGUUACAUUCAUGACGCAGAUGUGGACAAAUUUCGCUAAAUUUGGAACCCCAACCCCAGACGUGUCAAAUGGAGAAUGGCUGCCGUAUCCCCAUCAUUUAGAAAUAAACUUAGAACCACAAUACGUGGCGCCUCUCACGCCAGAGAGAGCGCAAUUCUGGCGCGCACUCUUCUACAAAUAUGGCGCUGAUAUGUCCACUAAAUAA